AACCUUAAUGGGACCCAUAUCCCAGUAAAAGAACGGACCUCCCAGGGGCUAGCCGGCUUCUUUGUCCACUUAACCUACCUUACUUAAGGGGAUGAAAGUCUCAUUUUCCCCAACCGUGCGAAAGAAGACUUUAAGAAACAAUAUCAACCAGCAUACCGAAACACAGAUCCCGAGUCCUACCAAGCCACUUUUCACAGGCUUUCUUGUGUAACCUGCAUCCAGAACAAUGGAGACACCAAGACCUAGGAAGACUGUUGAAGGCCAUGGUCAGCAGGAGGUGCAAACCCAUGCAAUCUACCUGGAAUCGGCUGUCUUCACCAUUUUAUGACUUUGUUUGCCUAGCUGACGGAUCUCAAAUGCCCUCCUGGCCAGGUGAAGCGGAGAACAAUCGCUCUACCAAGUUCAUACCUUGAUGGCUGAUCCAUGAAGUUCAGACUGGAUCUCUUCUCUCCCGCCGUUCCCCCAAUGCCUGCUCUUUCAUGGUUAGUUUGGAGGCCUGCACUAUGGCUUCAUCCUCCUCCGUCCCAGCCUCCUCCACUCCGUCCAAGAAGCCUCGAGACAAGAUAGCUGACUGGUUCAGGCAGGCUCUGUUGAAGAAGCCCAAGAAGAUGCCGAUCUCCCAGGAAAGCCACCUCUAUGAUGGUUCACAGACAGCCACACAGGAUGGUCUCUCACCCUCGAGCUGCAGCUCACCCCCGAGUCACAGUUCACCGGAGAGCCGUAGCUCACCCUCGAGCUGCAGUUCAGGAAUGUCACCUACCUCGCCACCAACACACGUGGACAGCAGCAGCAGCAGCAGUGGCCGCUGGAGCAAAGACUACGAUGUCUGCGUGUGCCACAGUGAGGAGGACUUGGAGGCGGCCCAGGAGCUGGUCUCCUACUUGGAGGGUAGCCAGGCCAGUCUACGCUGCUUCCUGCAGCUUCGGGAUGCAGCCCCGGGUGGCGCCAUUGUUUCGGAGCUAUGCCAGGCACUGAGUCGUAGUCACUGCCGUGUGCUGCUCAUCACUCCAGGCUUCCUUCGGGACCCCUGGUGCAAGUACCAGAUGCUGCAGGCCCUGACGGAGGCCCCGGCGUCGGAGGGUUGCACCAUACCCCUGCUGUCCGGCCUGUCCAGAGCCGCCUAUCCGCCGGAACUCCGAUUCAUGUACUAUGUGGAUGGCAGAGGCAAGGACGGAGGCUUUUACCAAGUCAAGGAGGCUGUUAUACACUAUCUGGAGACACUAAGCUGACACUUGGGCUUUCAUAAGAAAAGCUGGGAAUAGCUCACAGCAGUCAUUAAUCCAGUAUAUACAGCAGAGCCAGAGCCAGCUGCACCCUGUUUAUGACACAGGAUCAGAUCGUCACCAGCUUCCAUUAUCGUGGGCCCACAAGAUGGCCAGGCUGAAGAUGGGAACCACCCCCGCAAGGAGACCAGGAAGAAGAUGGGGACUCCCCAAGAAGGGCAGGAGGAAGCCAGGGACUCCCCCAGGAAGACAACGAGGAAGUCAGAAAUUCGAGUUGUCAAGGGACUGUGCUAUCGGGAAGGUCAGCAGUGUCCCCUCUGCGCUGAACUGGAUAGGAAGCUGAUACAUGGCUGUCUUCUUCCUCUGGCAUCAGGCACGGGGGAAAUGGAUACCACUCCUCAAGAGGGGUGAACCCGAUUGAUGAGCCAGAAGUUGCCUAGGGAAGCUGAGAAGAGGUGGCAAGUAUCCAGUCCUUCACACACACACACACUACUGAAACUCUUCCCCAGAGAUGUCAACUCACCUCACAAAACUGGAAGACACGUUCAUCCCCAUACUGAAUUUCACCUUUUGAAAAAAAAUGUCAUUAAAAAUGCACCCCGAGGGGCUGGGGAGACAGUGGUUCAGCGGUUAAGAACUCUUGUUGCUUUUCCAGAGGAUCCAGGUUCAAUUCCCAGGAUCCACAUGGUGACUCCCAACCUUAUCUAUAACUCUGCUUCCAGGGGAUCUGAUGUCUUCUCUGACCAAGACCUCCUUGAGCACCAGGUACACACGUGAACACCUCCAUAGAUGCAGGCAAAACAAUCAUACACAUAAAGAAAUCUUCCUUUUUACAUCAGAAGUGCAAACCUAGGACUCUAGAUGGAGUCCGUGGUAGGCUUGCUUAGCAUACCUGAGGGCUUGGAUUCUACCUCCAGCACCACCAAAACAAAGGAGAAAACACAAACCUGGCAGCUGCUCUGUAUCCAGAAACAGGUAAGAAGAAGGAAAGCCAGGGUGAGCCAGGCGGUGGUGGCACACGCCUUUAAUCCCAGCACUCGGGAGGCAUUGGCAGGCGGAUUUCUGAGUUCGAGGCCAGCCUGGUCUACAGAGUUCCAGGACAGCCAGGGCUACACAGAGAAACCCUGUCUCGAAAAACCAAAAAAAAAAAAAAAAAAAAAAAAAAGCCAAGAAAGCCAGGGUGUGGCUCCUUCACCUGGAUCAAAGCCCACAGAUCAUGUGACCCAGGGGCCUCCUCAGACAUCUGAAAGAGCCCAAGAGCCCAUGCUUCAAGAGAGCCUGUGCUUCACGGCAUCUGGCUUUGUGUUGAACUGUGAGGAACCGGUUCUCAAUCUAGCACCAGAGUAUAUCCCCAGGGAGAGACAAGGGGCCACCUGUGUUCGAAUAAGAACAGAAACAUGGCCAGCUGAAUGUCCUUGUCUCCCCUGGUAUGUACCUUGAGCCUCUUCCUUUUGACAUAUCUUUUUACUGAAAAAAAAUUUUUUUAAUUAUGUUUUCUUUGUUACAUACAAAGUAUUUAAAGGAUACUAUACCAUACUCACAUACCUACCACCUAACUUAAGAAAACCUUAUUACCAACACUCAUGUUUCCUUUGUGUUCUGACUUUCAGCCCCUUCAAGUUUCCUAACAAAAAUAACCAACAUUCUGAAUCUUGAAUUAUUUUGAAGUGUCUAUAUGUGUGCACCCUAGAAACAUUAUUUGAUUUUAUGACUUUAUCUUCUAUGCAGAUUGCAUCACAAUGUGCAUUUCCUUUGUUUGACAUGUUUACAAGGUGUGUCGCCGUUGCUGUGUCACUCGCGGAUUUUCUUUUGUUUGUGUCGGUCAGCAGUUCUCCACCCUUUACGGUGGAAUGACCCUUUCACAAGGGCGCAUGUCAGAUAGCCUCCAUAUCAGAUAUUUACAUUAAGAUUCAUAACAGUAGGGGGCUGGCAAGAUGGUUCAGCGGGUAAGAACACUGACUGCUUUUCCAAAGGUCCUGAGUUCAAAUACCAGCAACCACAUACAUGGUGGCUCACAACCACCCAUAAUGAGAUCUGACGCCCUCUUCUGGUGCAUUUGAAGUCAGCUACAGUGUACUUAUGUGUAAUAAUAAAUAAAUCUUUGGGCCGGAGCGAGCAGGGACUGAGUGAGCGGGGCUGACCAGAGUGAGCAGAGGUCCUACAAUUCAAUUUCCAUCAAGAAGGCUCACAACCAUCUGUACAGCUACAGUGUACUCAUAUACAUAAAAUAAAUAAAUCUUUAAAAAAUUCAUAACUAGCAGAAUUACAGUUAUGAAGUAUCAAUGGAAGUAACUUUAUGGUUGGGGGUCACCACAUGAGGAUCUGUACUAAAGGGUCGCAGUAUUAGGAAGGUUGAGAACCACUGCUCUAAGAUCACCUUAAAGCAAAUUCCAGGGGCUUCCUCACUAAAUUUCUAGUUACAAACCUCUAAAUCAUGAGUUUUUUUUUUUAAGUGUGAGCAUAAUAUCUUUUAAAGCUACGUUUUUAUCAUAACAUAAAAUACUACCCAUGAAGCUGUCAUCAGUGUUUUCUGUCUUACAAAGGUCUUCCUGUGUUAGUCCACAUUUUCUUCUACAUUUAAUCCUGAAAAGAAGUUGAUCUUAUUUUCUGUCACAGUGUUUCUAGUCACAUCUAGACCUGUGCUCCACUUGGGGUUCUUGCUGUCUGUUGAUUUUUUUAAAAAUGGUCUGUAGCCCAGACUGACCCCAAACUUGACGUCCUUCUCAUUCAGCUUGCCGGAUGCUGGGCUUUAGGCAUUAUAAGCUAUCGUGCCUGGCUGAUUAUCAAGUCAGAAAUCUAAUUCUUUUCUCUCAAUUUCUACUAGGUACUCAGUAGUCCAGCCUAUCCUCACUGGUAUCUGUUUGUUAUUUUUUCUGUUUGUUUGUGAUAGGAUCUCACUAUGUAUCCCUAGCUGUCCAAGAAUUCACUAUGCAAACCAGACUGGUCACAAACUCAGAGAUUUGUCUGCCUCUGCCACCCCAGCACAGAGCUGGGGUUAGAGGUGGGCACCAGCGCAGCCAUCUACUGCUGUCAUGUGUACGUGUCUAUUGCUGGGUCUCUAGUCUCUUUCAAGUAUACCCUGUGUUAGUGCCAAGGCAUCUUUUAUAAAGCUUUAAUGCCCUGUGAGCCAGUUCUCCCCACUCUUCUUGUUCAUUGAAAUCACUGUCGUAAUUCUUACUUUUUCAAGUUGUUUUUAUUCAUACACUGUCAGGUUUCAGGAGAAAGUAUAUUUUUAUUGGAGUUGUAUUCAGUUUAUUGAUUUGACUAGAGAAAAGAGGUACUUUCAUGAUAAAGUCUUCCUAUCCAUAACGGGACAUCACCACUUAUGUCCUUAAAUGUAUUUCAAUAAAUUUGUCUAAUACUUUUCAUGUUGUUUCAUCUUUUAAUAGAUUUAUUCUUAUUUACUUCAUAUUUUGGCUGCUACUAUAAAGAGUUUAAAAUUAUAUAUACAUAUGUCUAUCAGUGGCAUAAAAGAUUAUUUAAUAUGUUGGCCUACCAUUAAAUAGUGUGCUGAAUUAUCUAUUGU